UUUUUCCAUUAGAAUAAUCCCACACUUGCUCCUACUCGGCCUAGUUUACCAUCCAUCAGGCCAAUUAAUAUAGCCAGCCUGCGAGCAACCCAAAUGACCAAGAGAUCAUCAGAAUCCUCGAUCUCCAUAGAAAUCUGGAAUCGAUGAACCGACUUUCCCCACUUCUCUAAAUUAAGCUAUAUAUAUUAUAUAUAAAAGCCCUUUGCUCUUGAUCUCUGUCAUCUCUGAGGGAAGAUUCUAAUUAAGCCCCCAGCAUCAUGUAUUCCUUUCCAUGGUCCUUUUGCCUCUCUUCGUCCUGGGGUGAAUCGGCUUGUACUUUGAGUAGUGCACAAGUAUUUCGGUUUUAAUGCAAAAGUGUGACGAAGUGAUGGGGGACAUGGUACUCUUCUCUUAUCUUCCUCCACCUUUUUAUUUAAUUGGGUUUCCGUUCUUGUCUUUCAUUGCACAGGCGAUUCCUGUUGCGGGUUUUGCCUAUUUUAUUAUACUCAAGUAGAUUUUCAACUUUUCUUUAGGGAGAUGAGAUGGACUGUUUAUUAUUAAUUUUUAAUGUAUUUUAAUCGUAGUCUCGACUGCGGUAGGUUCUGAGGCUAUAAAAGAAGUCAUGUUUGCUUUCAAGAGUCAAGACUCAGUUCCAAAAACAAGAGCUACAAAAGGGCAACUUCUUGUUGUUUCUCUCUUCUAGUUCGCUGCUAAUUAAUUAGAUUACCAGCUUUCGUUUCGACCAUCCUCGUCAUAAUUUUCAUUACAAUCAUCGUCGUCAUGGCUUCAUCUAAUAGACACUGGCCUAGCAUGUUCAAGUCCAAGCCUUGCAACACCCACCACCAAUGGCAGCAUGACAUCAACUCAUCUCUUAUGUCAAGUGGAUGCAACAGAGCUUCUUAUACUUCAGCUGGGUGUGAAGAGCGGAGUCCGGAGCCAAAGCCAAGAUGGAAUCCAAAACCGGAGCAAAUUCGAAUACUAGAAGCAAUUUUCAACUCUGGCAUGGUGAACCCUCCAAGAGACGAGAUCAGAAAGAUCAGAGCUCAACUGCAAGAAUAUGGUCAAGUAGGUGAUGCCAACGUCUUCUACUGGUUCCAGAACCGAAAAUCAAGAAGUAAACACAAGCUCCGCCAUCUACAAAACUCAAAAAACCAGCCCCAGCAAAGCCAGAACGACCCUCCAAUUAAAUCCCUUGCUGCCACCACUACUCCUUCAUCCUCGUCAUCUUCUUCCGAAAAAUCAUCCCCUAAAGCACUCCAGAAGACCAACUCCAUAACCUUUCCAAAUGUUACGGAUGUUUCGCAUUCCCCAACGGCCUCAGUGAAUCAUACCUAUUUUCAAUCCCAAGGUGAAAUUUUACCCGACCCUUUCUUCUUCCCGGUGCAAGAGACCGGAGGGGUGCACCAAAACGGCGGAACGUCUAGUUUCACUCAAGCGUUUUGCUUUCCUGAACUACCAAAUGUGGCUCAGGUUCCUGAACACACUAUUGGGCCCUGCGCGAGUCUCUUGCUCAGUGAAAUAAUGAACAAUGGGGAUUCAAGGAAAGAUCAAGAAGAUCAGAAAGUCGUGAAAAUCCAUCUCCAGCAGAAUUACAUCGUGACAACUCAUCCAACUAGUCACACUAGUAUUGUCCCUCCGUCUAUAGCUACCACUACUGGUGCUGGUACAGAUUACGUUCCCCACCCCAUCAGUCAAAUUCAAGGUGUUGGGGAAUUGGGCGCAACGGCCACUGGUGGCCCUUCAAAAUCAACGGUGUUCAUUAACGAGGUAGCCUUCGAGGUGGCCGCGAUGCCCUUCAACGUGCGCGAGGCUUUUGGCAAUGAGACUGUGCUAAUUCACUCCUCAGGUCAGCCCGUUCGCACCAACGAGUGGGGUGUCACUCUCCAGCCGCUCCAGCACGGUUCAUUCUAUUAUCUGAUUUAGGAUUCAGAAGCGUGGAAGCUGAAGAGAUCUGGGCUAGUUGGCUUGCUUUGGUUCCUGUGCUUGUCUUUGUUUCAUUUGUCUGUUGUUUCUCCUUUCUUUGUUAGGGUUGAAAUUUAGGCCUUGUAACUGAUCUGAUCAUCAUCAGUUAGGGUUCUAAUCAUUCUUGGAUAUUAUGGAACUUAACUGUGGAGCAAUGCGUUAUAUAUGCUUCUCUGUCAAAGCAAUAUAUAUGGAAUAUGCUCUGGAUCUUCAA